AUGAAGCUGCGCCCGGGCGCCCGUCGCCUCCUCUUGCUGCUCGCCCUGGGACUCGGCGCUUGGGACGCCCAGGCUGCGGUGGGUCUUGCUCGGCUCCCUUCGGAUGCCCCCGGAGGGGAGAGCGGGGCGGGCAGGGCGUGCCAUGGGUGUUCCAAAAGCACUACGUGUGACUGCAGUGGACAUAAAGGAGAAAAGGGUGAUCGAGGUUUCCCAGGUUUAGAAGGCCAGCCCGGUUUGCCUGGAUUCCCUGGCCCAGAAGGACCAGCUGGAUCCCGUGGCGAGAAGGGUGAUGGUGGAUUUCCAGGGGCUACAGGACCCAAAGGCAUUCGAGGUCCUCCAGGGUUACCAGGUUUUCCGGGAACACCAGGGCUUCCUGGACUGCCCGGUCAGGAUGGACCUCCAGGGCUCCAAGGUAUCCCAGGAUGCAAUGGAACGAAGGGAGAACGUGGUUUUCCAGGCAACUCGGGUUUCCCAGGUUUGCCUGGACCUCCCGGGCCCGCCGGUUUGCUAGGAAUGAAGGGUGAAAAAGGAGAUAUUAUCACCUCUCCCCUCCCUGGACAGAAAGGUGAUCCAGGAUUUCCCGGUCCACCUGGAAUUCAAGGCUCUGCCGGUCCCCCUGGUGUAGAAGGUCCAUUUGGUCCUCCCGGACCCCGAGGUUUGACGGGUCCUCCUGGUCCCCCAGGACUGCCAGGUCCUAAGGGCAAUAUGGGCGUGAAUUUCCAAGGAUACAAAGGAGAAAAAGGUGAACAGGGACUUCAAGGACCCCCAGGGCCACCAGGACAGAUCGGCGAACAGACGGGAAAUAAUGAUAUAGUAUUUCAAAAAGGAGAUCAGGGUGUUGCAGGUGACCCAGGCCCCCCAGGGCCUCCGGGGCCCUCCGGGCUUCCUGGCCCUUCUGGGGGUGGAAAAGGUGAAAAAGGUGAGCAAGGAGAACCAGGCAAAAGAGGGAAGCCAGGAAAAGACGGGGACCCCGGAUUGACAGGUUUGCCUGGUUCUCCCGGUGAUCCUGGCAUGCAUGGCAUCCCGGGAAGAGAUGGAGAGAAAGGUCAAAAAGGAGAAACUGGUUUAACUGGCCCACCUGGACAGGUGAUUCCAAGGCCGGAUACUGGUACAACAGUGGGACCAAAAGGUAGCAAAGGUUUUGCGGGCUAUCCUGGAAGCAAAGGAGAUCGUGGUUAUCCUGGCUCCCCGGGCCCUCCUGGUUUACCAGGCACCCCAGGAGUUGCAAGGGUAGGUCCUCCUGGUCCACCUGGAUUAUCUGGUGAAAGGGGACAGAAAGGGGAUCAGGGCCUUCCUGGGAUCGCUAUACCAGGACAGCCAGGAAUUGAUGGUCAACCAGGGCGCCCAGGACCACCAGGGCCCCGGGGACCACCAGGGUCAACCAUUCCACCUGCUGGUCUGAUUUGUGAACGAGGACUUCCUGGCCCUGAAGGAACCCGAGGAGACCAAGGAUUUCCAGGGGAAAGAGGCCAGAAAGGUGACAAGGGUGACACCUGCUUUAACUGCAUAGGAAGUGGCAUCCCGGGCCCUCCAGGGCAAAAAGGCUUUCCGGGGCUCCCUGGAGAUCCAGGGUCUCCUGGUCUUCCUGGGUCAAAAGGUGACAAAGGCGUUUCUGGUGUAAUUGGAUUUAUUGGGCCUCAAGGUCCUCCCGGACCCCAAGGUUCUCUUGGACGUCCUGGUGCUAAAGGUGAUCCAGGUGACAUGAUUGGUUUCCCUGGAAUGAAAGGUGAAAAGGGAAAUUCAGGUUUCCCAGGUCCUCCAGGGCUGCCCGGCUUAGAUGGUUCUCCGGGGAAAGAUGGAAUCCGAGGUUAUCCUGGAUCCAAGGGCGAGCCAGGUAGCAUUGCUUUCAAAGGAGACCGGGGCCCUACUGGGGAUUCAGGUCUUCCUGGACUCAGUGGAGAGCGAGGGCCUCCAGGACCUCCCGGAUUUGGACCACAAGGUCCUCCAGGAGACAAGGGGCUGCAAGGCGUUCCUGGACGUCCAGGUUCCCCAGGAGCUCCAGGGCCCAAAGGCGAACCUGCUCAAUCUAUUCCCGAAAAAGGACCCCCGGGGCCUCCAGGCCCCCCAGGCAGAAAUGGUGAAGAUGGUUUUCCAGGAGACUCUGGUCAACCUGGAUCGCCUGGGUUGCCAGGAAUCCCCGGCCAAAAAGGUGAACCCGGCUUCCCUGGCAUUGGACUCCCAGGCCCACCAGGGCCCAAAGGUUUUCCCGGUGUAUCAGGUGAACCUGGACUUCCAGGAAACUCUGGAAGACCCGGAGCUGAUGGAACCCCUGGACUUCCUGGAGCGAAAGGACAAAAGGGAGAGCGAGGAUUUGGCGUUCCAGGACCCACAGGGCCACCUGGGCCACCAGGUUUCAAAGGAGCGCAAGGUGCCAAAGGAGUGCCCGGCUUCUCAGGAAAUCCUGGCUCCCCAGGACAGCCAGGUUUUGAUGGAGCUGUCGGAGCUAAAGGUGAUACAGGACCACGUGGCCAGCCUGGACUAGUUGGACCUCCAGGGAUUCCAGGAGCUGGUGGGCAAGGACCACCUGGACCACCUGGUCUUCCAGGACCAGCAGGACCACCAGGAGUUCAAGGCAUCCCUGGUAUGAAAGGUGAUCCUGGGCCACCAGGAUUUGAUGUUCCCGGUCCUCCAGGUGACAGGGGCAACCCAGGUUUUUCUGGAUCACCUGGUCUUCCAGGUGGACCAGGUUCCCCUGGUUCUCCAGGACGAGAUGGAACUCCAGGCAUACCAGGAAGCAAAGGCGAGAUGGGAGUGAUGGGGGCACCUGGUCCUCAGGGAACAUCUGGAUCUCCUGGCAGAAAUGGCUUUCCUGGCUCCAAAGGCAAUGAUGGUUUAUCAGGACAACCAGGACAACCAGGACUUGCCGGACAAAAAGGCAGCAAAGGGGAACCUGGUUUGCCAGGAGUUCCGGGAAAAUUUGAUGUUAACCUAUUGGGUUCCAAAGGAGAAAAGGGGGAACCUGGAGAGAAAGGUAACCUUGGUCUGACCGGUCAGAAGGGUUAUCUAGGCCUCCCAGGUGACCCAGGGCCCGCUGGAUCAGUUGGACAGCCAGGUGCAGCUGGAUUGCCAGGUCCCAAAGGAGACACUGGGAUUCUAGGCCCCCCUGGACCAGCUGGGCCUCCAGGACUUAAAGGUGCCAACGGCGAGAUGGGCCUGCCAGGUCCCACUGGCUCAAAAGGUUCACAAGGCAUCCCAGGGCGUCCUGGCCAGGCUGGUUCUCCUGGAUCACCUGGACUGAAGGGAGACAGGGGCGAUCCCGGUAUUUCAGGCAUCGGUAUUCCAGGUCCUCCUGGCCCCAAGGGUGAAAGCGGACUGCCUGGUUACUCUGGUUCUCCAGGCGCUAAAGGGUCCUUUGGAAAUCCGGGGUUGCCUGGCUCGACAGGCAGGCCAGGAGCCAAAGGUGAACCUGGCUUUCCUGGAUCCCCAGGGACACCAGGCGUUGCAGGACCAAAAGGUUUUGAUGGAUCUGCAGGAAGCCCAGGUGAUCCAGGGCCACCUGGACUUCCAGGUGAAUUUGGUCGCCCUGGCUCUCCAGGCCUUCUGGGGGGAAAAGGACAACCUGGGCAAGAUGGCAUCCCUGGACCAGCAGGGCAGAAAGGUGAACCAGGUCAACCAGGAUUUGGACUUCCCGGACCUCCAGGCCUCCAAGGACUCGCAGGUCAAAAGGGAGAUUCAGGCUUCUCUGGACCCCCAGGGCCUCCAGGACCCCCUGGUUUAAAAGGAGAAAUGGGCGCCAAGGGAUAUCCUGGCAACCAGGGCUUAGAAGGUCCUCCAGGAGUUCCUGGGCGAGCAUCAGAAGGACCUAAGGGUAACCCUGGAUCUCCAGGCAUCCCAGGACGGCCAGGUCCUCCAGGUCUUUCUGGGCCUGAGGGACCUCCUGGACCACCCGGGAUUGGAGGAGUGAAAGGAGAAAAAGGAAACUCUGGCCAACCUGGUCAGCCUGGACUGCCCGGACUGAAGGGUGAUCAGGGGACACCUGGAGAGUCGGUAAGUGAAAAAUGGGAGGGGCCAAAAGCUCUUGAUGUCUACCCUGUAUUAACUUGUGUGGGUUUUGGCUUUUCAGGUAUGAAGGGACCUACUGGACCUUUGGGACCUGCUGGCCCUGAAGGAGACCCUGGACCCUUUGGCUCCCCAGGUCCUCCAGGAAUACCUGGCCCGGCUGGAAAAACAAUUGUGAUUAAAGGUGAUCAAGGACCACCUGGUCUUCCAGGACAACCUGGAAUGAAAGGUCUAUCUGGACUUCCAGGACCUCCAGGUUUGCCAGGUUCAAUUGGUCUUCCUGGUGACUUUGGACAUGAUGGCCUUCCUGGUUUUGAUGGUCCAGUGGGGCGUAAAGGGGAGAGAGGACUCCCAGGCCAGCCAGGUCUACGUGGUUCACACGGACCCCCUGGCCCUGAUGGAUUGCAAGGUCCUCCAGGACAGCCAGGAACAGGUUCGGUUGCCCAUGGAUUCCUCAUAACUCGCCACAGCCAAACCACCGACAGCCCCUUCUGCCCACCGGGAACCAGCCGGAUCUAUGAUGGAUUUUCCCUUCUCUACGUACAAGGAAACGAGAGAGCUCACGGGCAGGAUCUGGGCACUGCUGGCAGCUGUCUCCGCCGUUUCAGCACCAUGCCCUUCAUGUUUUGCAACAUCAACAACGUCUGUAACUUUGCAUCCAGGAAUGACUACUCUUACUGGCUUUCUACUCCUGAGCCGAUGCCAAUGAGCAUGGAGCCCCUAACUGGAAAGAAUAUCCAACCUUUUAUUAGCCGUUGCACAGUCUGUGAAGCUCCUGCGAUGGUCAUAGCAGUCCACAGCCAGACCAUUCAGAUCCCCUCGUGUCCACAGGGCUGGAAUUCGCUAUGGAUCGGAUAUUCAUUCAUGAUGCACACCAGUGCGGGAGCCGAAGGAUCCGGACAGGCCUUGGCUUCUCCUGGCUCCUGCCUUGAGGAAUUCCGCUCAGCUCCCUUUAUUGAGUGCCACGGCCGAGGGACCUGCAACUAUUACGCCAAUUCAUACAGUUUUUGGCUGGCCACUGUGGAAAUAUCAGAAAUGUUUAAUAAACCUCAAUCGGAGACUCUUAAGGCUGGCGACCUCCGGGCCCGUAUCAGUCGAUGCCAAGUUUGCAUGAAGAGGACGUAAUGCGUCAGACUUUACACCACAGCAACUGAGAAAUAUUUUAAUGCACUGUCCUUCAGCUAUAAUAUUGGUGCUAUUGUGGAAAAGGAGAAGAAGAAGAAGAAGAAGUUUGAAGAAGAGACACUCCCGUUGAUGCAGAUCUCAGUGCCUCUCCCUGAAGGAGAACCCCCAAAACCAACGUGUUGCAUUUUGGGGACCGGGGCGGGUUAGAAAUUUGGCUACUAAACGAAUUAAAGGAAUCGGUUGAAGGAACGAUGGAGAAGAUAGCCAAGGCAUCGGAAGAUUGGGAAGAUUGAAGAAGUCAACCUUUUUCCUGUAAGGACUGAAAAUGUGCUCUUUGCCAAAUUGACCCCCAAAAGUGAAGGUG